CCCAAUCAAUUUUGAGAGAGAAGCUCUUCAAAUCUUCAUUUCCUCCAUUUCCAUUCGAACCAAGCUUAAGGAAGAAGAAGAAGGAGAAGGAGAAGAGGAAAGAGGAGGAAAACUUGAGGAUUAACAAGGUAUUUCGAGAACUUUCACGGAGUUGAAAGGGUCGCCAAAGUUGUCGCCGGAGUUCGUUGAAGUUCACCGGAGUUUCACCGGGGCUAAAUCGGAAAGGCUAGAACUUCAUAAGCUUCAAUAAGGUUAAGGCUAGAGUCCUGCUACCUGCACCUUUGCAUAGGGUGGACUUCGAAUAAGGAAGACUUGAAAUGGAGGGUAGACGCAUGGCUACGAGGAAUAACCCGAGAGGGCAAGCGCCGGUAACGUCCAUAGGGGCUAGCCAGGUUGCGUCUCGGGGCUCUAGAGGAGGUCGAAGAGGCCGAGGAGGCCAUGGAGGCCGUGGAGGUCAUCGGGCUCAGAUCGUGAGCGAUGGCCAUGUUAGCUCGGUACACGACACCAACACCAAGGACUAUGAUUCUACAUACGUUCCUGAAACGGAACCAGAGGAGACCCCAUACGAUGGGGGUGAUAUGUACACUGAUGAUGACAACGAUGAGAGUGAUGCCAAAUUCGCCCAGAUGGGUGAACUGUUUGAGUGGUAUCAAAAGGAGAAGUUGAGGAGAGAUCUUAGGCGCCAAGCUAGGCGUGCCUAUCAGGGGGCUUCAGGUCACGGAAGCCGGGGAGCAUCAGUGGCUACACCUGUGGCGUCACAGGGAAUGCAUGGAGGAGGUUUUUGUGUAAGAAUCUCCAAAUACCUCAAGGAGGCUAGGGCCUUGGGGUGCAAGUCAUUUGAUGGCAAGGGUGAUAUAUCGGUGGCUGCCGAUUGGAUAAAGAAGCUAAAUGAGGCUGCUAGAGAUAUGCAGAUCGGGCUUGACAUAAAGCUAACAAUAGCUACCAGGCUACUGGAGGGAGUAGCUGCUGUAUGGUGGGAGGGCGUGGAAGGAAAGUUCCACGGUGAGACCACCUGGGAGAAAUUUGAAGUAGAAUUCUAUAAUCAGUACUACUCAGAGUUCGAAAAGAACCAGAAGAGGAAGGAGUACAUGACCCUGGUACAGGAGGAGGAUUGCUCGGUGAGGCAACUGGAACAAAGGUUCCGGGACUUGGCACGGUACAUACCCGAGUACGCCAUGGAUGAGAACCGUAUGGCUAAUCACUUCUGGGAUACCCUACACUUGGAUAUCCGUGAUCGGGCUACCUACAAUCAUCACAUGACUUUUAGUGAGAUUGUGGAUCAGGGGCUACUUGGGGAAGCCAAGUGGAAUGAAAGGAAGAAGAGAGACGCCGAAGAGGCGAAGAAGAGAAGAUGGGGGAAUUCUGGACCCCAAGACCAUUCUCAGAAACAUCACGCCGGGAAUGGAAGAUCAUUCAGGGCGCCGGAACCACCUGCAAAGAAGAGUAAGGGCCCAGGAGGGCAAGGGCAUAGCUCGGGGGGCGUGAGGCCACCAAGGUGUCCAAACUGUAACAGGAAUCACUCCGGGAAGUGCAAUGAACCACCCCGGUGCUACAAGUGUGGUAGCACAAGCCACCUCAAACUCUCUUGCCCAAUGUUGAGUGGAGGUGGGCCAUCGGGAGCUGUUGAGGCACCUACGUCUGGUAGGGGUCGUGCGGGACCACCUCAGGGCGGCACGGGAAAGGGCGGACCCACGGCUAGUAACGCCGCGUCCGUUAACCAAGGGAGGACCCAGGCACGGGUGUACGCAAUGACUGAGGCUGACGCUCGGGCCAACCCGGACUCCAUUGCAGAUCUUUUUUGUAGGCUGUCCGUGCAUCCGUCGGAAGGGUUGAGGUGUUGUAUAAAGUGAGAUGUUUUUUGCUUAACCCGUCUUGUGGGAGGAAGUGAGCCACCCAGUUGGUCUCUCUGUGUCGAUGGCUGAAUGUGAGGCUGAAUCUAUUUCCGAGUUGUUGCAGUUCCUCGAUCAUGACUUUAAGGUUUUCAUCGCUUCCACUUCCGCGUGUAGUGGGUUGAGCGUUCUUGUGGGGAAGGAAAAUGCCAUUUGCAAGGAACCGUCAGUGUGUCGAAGAAUUCCUCCUCCCGCACUUCCCCGAUCUGAGAAGGCUGCAUCAGUGUUUAAUCUGAGGUCUUGAGGUGAAUCGCUUUUCCAUUUGUAGAAUUUGAGUUUAGUAUUUGGUUGUAUGUGUGGCAUGAGGCCAUCUUCGAAAAGCUCUUGGUCAAAUCUGAUGUAUUUCUUGUUUUUGUUGCUAAAGCACCAGGAUGUGGUGUAUUGUUUGAUCUCGUUGAUAGUGUGUGUUUGUGAAUAGGUUUUGUUCUCCC